GCUGUUUUUGUUUAGUCGUAUAGUUUAAUUCCGUAAUUUGCUGUAAACUUUUCAUUUUAUUUCGAGCCAGGUGCAAAAUUCAUCAUAUAUAUGUAGGAAAUGAUAAAAUAUGCCUUUCUACAGUAGCAGCAUUAGACGUAUCUUGGACAAGUGGCCUGGUAAACAACGUUUUGGUGUCUACAGAUUCUUACCACUGUUUUUUAUACUCGGUGCAGCUUUGGAAUUUUCCAUGAUUAACUGGACGGUGGGAGAAACCAAUUUUUAUAACACAUUUAAAAAACGUCAAGCUAAAAAUUUCGUAGAAGGAAAAUUGCAAGCGCCAGCUAAAGAAGCAGUGUAGUUAUAAUUCGGUCGAAAGCGAAAUAUCUCAACAUAAGUUAAAGAAGCAAAAUGCCUGCUGGAGUUUCUUGGGUUCAAUAUAUGAAAUUCUUUUCGGCGGCUAUGUUGUCUAUGAUGGCGGGCUCUCAAUUGGUUCAUAUGUACUACAAACCUCUAGAUGAUAUAAACGUGUACAUAGAGCGUGAAAAGAGUGCUGCUAGUACUACUCCAAAUACUGUAAAUACCGAUAAGCCACCACAAACGGCGGAUGAAAAACUACUAUCUAAUAAAAAGUAAUCAUUAUAAGAAACAAAAAUGGAUGCAAUAUUCAUAAAUAUUAGGUAGUCCAAAAAUGAACUUUAUUGUGUAGAAUAUUUGUAACUUAAGCAGAGCCGGGCACUUUAUGAUAACGAUUACGUAUUGAUUACUUAGCAAUACGAUUGCUGUAACUGUAAUUAUGAUGUGCUUGAUUGUGAAUUACUGUAAUCGUGAACCUAAAAAUUUUAAGAAAUUAGGAUUACUAUUACAGUAGUCGUAAUCGUCAAAUUUUUAGGAUUACAAUUAAAGCAAUCGCAAUCAUGCAAUAAAUGAUUGAAUGUAAAAUUAUUCUUUUUUCUGGUAAUUUCCAUAUGAAAUUCAAAAAAACAAAAUCAUUUUGUACUUAAAUUGCUUUCGUGAAAAUGGCUGCAAUAAAAUUACAAUAAUCAAGAAAUUAGUUUUACUUAGAGCAAGUAUUGCUUUUAAAUUAUGAAUUCGCGGAUUUUUUUGAAAUUGUAAUAUUCUACUCGUGGCCGCAGUAUGUACUUCAAAUAAUGUUUGAUUUUGAUUAACUGCAUGUAUUAAUAAUAAUAAUAAUUUUUAGGAUUACAACUAAAGUGUUCGUAAUCGUAAUUUUAUUUAAAAUUACCAUUACAGUAAUCUUCGUCCUUAAAUUUUUAAGACUACAAUUAUUAUAUUCAUAAUGUUAACAUUUAUGAUUACAAUUAAAGUAAUGGUAAUCGUAUAUAAUUGAAGGAUUACAAUUGAGCAAUCGUAUUGCCUUCUCUUAAAAAAGGGGUUAUUUUGGUCAUCUAAUAAGAGCAAAACC